AUGGAUUUGGUGGUGGCACUGGUGCAAGUCAUGGAGGAUCUGGAGGCCAAGGAGGAAAAGGAUGGAUUUGGAGGAAGUAGUAGCGGAAGCUUAGGCGGUGGGCUCGGAGGCGGUGCAGGACUUGGCGGGGGAGGUGGUUUUGGGGGUGGCAAUGGAUUCGGUGCUGGUUCUGGUGGAAAAGGUUACGGAGGAAGUGGAAGUGGUCUAGGAGGAGGCCUUGGAGGUGGUUCCGGAAUAGGUGGGGGCCUUGGAGGUGGGCUCGGAGGUGGGCUUGGAGGCGGACUCGGAGGCGGCCUUGGAGGAGGCCUGGGUGGUGGAAUUGGUGGUGGCCAUAGCCUUGCCGGCAGCAACGGUGUCAGUGCUGGUGCUGGAACUCACAGUGGCUACUCGAAGGGUGGUGGUUGCGGCACCUGCGGUGGUUAUAGUAGCCAUGAACACAGCAGCGCUUUCGCAUCUGCCAGUGCUCACGCGUCCGCUUCUGCCAGCGCAAGCACAUACGGC